AUGACAUGGAUUAAGAUAUCAGCCAAGUACUUCAUUAUCAACGGUUACCUAGUUCAUGUUGAAGACAGCGGUAAGCGCCGAGCUGUGGUACCUGGACGCAACGUCGAAAGACUAAAAGCAGAGGAGCUAAAAGCCUUUAAGAAGCAUGAAUGCUCUUUGGUGAAUGUGUCGGACUAUCUCAGGAACGAGGAAUGCGAUCUGUUUCCCACCUCUUCGAAGAAGUUCUUCCAGGCCGUGGAGAAAGUAAAAAAGAAGUUUUUCCCUUUUUCCAAUGGACACAAGCUGCUUCAACCGACAAGAGCACGAACCGCGGACAAGAUACAAGCCCGGGAACUCGAGGUUGUGCAGCUGACAUAUGGCAAGAACAAAAAAAAAUGUCUCUUUCUAAAUGACACGCCGCUGGUGGUCACAUCUGGUCCUGAAGAUGAAGGGCGCGUUCUCAAAAUACAUCAUCAGCGUGCGCGCUCCGUUCGGUACACACUACUGUGUCUACACGAGCUCGAGUUCACAGACCAAGAUCGAGACCUCUUCCGAAACUAUCUCGCAGACAAACCCCUGAUCGAUGAGGAAUGUAUAAAGCUGUUUCAACACAUUUACCAAUCAACCCGGAGCAGCAUGCGUCUGCGUUCGAUUGGACAGACCUUUGCAAGGUCAUUUGGAAAGGACCCUCUUUUAAAACAUCUGCAACUCCAGACCCUUCAUAACUACGGCAAGAAAGCGAGUAUGACCUACUACAUCGUCCUUCACUUGAAAGAACUUUCUCUGUCUUCCUGGGACCUUGAAACCGAGGCCUGGUGUGCUCUUAAUACUGAGAGUAGAGCUAAAAGACUAUCGGAAAUAUUCUAUAAAAUGAUUACUGAGCAGAGACCAUUAUUCCAUCUUCUUGUCCGGCUAGUUGGGUUCAACUAUGAAGGGGUUCAGCCUCAGAUUGCCAGAGUUGAGGAAAUCAGAAAGGGCCUGGACGCGUUCAAGCAGUUUGUGCAGUACGCAAUACUGUAUACUGACGGCGAAGAAAGGGAAACCGUGUUCACGGAUGACAACGCGUCGGAGUGGUACUGGCUGAAGCACGUGUAUCAUGAGAUCGUUGCAGAGGGAGUGAUGGACAUGUCGUAUGACCUUGAGUUCAAGCCUCCUGACGGCCUAGUAUUUCGUGGCAAGUACUUCUCACGCGGAUACAUUAGGGAGUUCUACAAUAAUGUACUUGAAAGGAUUCACAUGCUGUUGAAAGCUUUGAGCGCUUUUUGCAUGUUACCUGAUGUGCAGGCAGCAGCUAUAAAUGUGCUGGAUAGUCCACACGCGUACUUCAAUGAGAAUAAACUGCAGCCCAAGCACUCUUUUGUCAGUCUAUUUGGUCAUGAAGAAGCCAAAGGACUGCUGGCCAAACCAUUGGUCCGCGGAGAGCACGUUGUGGAAAUGAUCGACGAAGUUGCUACUCUGCUAAUGUGGAUGGUCUAUUUUUCUUGUGGCAGUCCGUAUCGAUUUCCAGAGCUUCUGACUUUGAAAUAUGCAGGCGACGAUCGCAACGUGUUUUUGGACGAUAAGUCGCGGUGCAUCCAGCUGCUGACAACGUACUCCAAGGUCCGUGGCUACAGAAAGAUUAUUAAAAUGCUGGACAAGCGGACCUCCAACUAUUUGUUCUAUUUUAUCAUGGUAUUACGACCUAUACAGAUUGAU